AUGGGCAAGGCAAGAGUCACACCAUUAAAACCAAUUACUGUCCCACGUCUCGAGUUAUCUGCAGCUAACACAUCAACCAAAGUAGCUACGCAGCUUAAAAUGGAGCUCAAUAUUAAUCUAUUGUCUGAAGUUUUCUGGACAGAUAGCAAAGUUGUGUUAGGCUAUAUAACAAAUCAGUCAAGGAAGUUUCGUUUGUUUGUGGCUAAUAGAGUACAGACUAUUCAUGAAGCUUCCAGUGUUGAACAAUGGCGUUACGUUUCGUCUUCUCAAAAUCCUGCUGACGAUGCAUCACGUGGUCAAACAGUCUUCAACUUUAUAAAAAAUGGCCGUAGGUUAUCUGGACCCAAAUUCCUACUCCAAUCUUCUUUUGAUCAAAGAAGGAAGAGAGGAACUUAA